AUGGGUUUGUCGCAAAGCAAGGACUACAGCAGGGGCAUCUGGCUUGCCUUCAAGGACCUCUGCCUCGCAGGGCCCCUGUCAGGCUCGACGACAUGCGUCUUAGUUCUGAUACUGGCAUCCCUCUAUCGUCUGCAAGUGUAUCGCCAAAGACAACGAACGACACGCAUACGAGGACCUCAGAGUCCAAGUUGGGUGUAUGGUUUCGCCAAGACACUAAUAGAUACCACUAUCACCAGUGACUUAUACGAACAGUGGGCUAAAGAGUAUGGACCGGUGUACAAGGUCCCGCACCUCUUGGGACAGUCCAAGGUCAUACUAUGGGACCCAAAAGCAGUCUCUCAUUUCUUUACGAGAGACACAUGGUUCUAUAACCAAACUCCGUUCACCAAGAUGUCCCUUGAGCUGGUAAUGGGAAGAGGAGUAAUGUGGGCCGAUGGUGAAAGUCACAAAAGGCAGCGCAAGACCCUCAACCCUGCCUUUGGCGCAGCUGCUGUUCGCAGCUUGACUUCUAUUUUCCACAAUGCCGUUCACAAGGCAGUAAUCGCUUGGGACGCUGAGAUAGGAUCAAACAGUGGAACUGAUUGCGCUGUAAUUGAUGUUCAACAAUGGUAUUUGUUUUCUCCCAAAAAGAUUCCUGCCUGCGCACUCAGACAUAUUGUACUCGACAGUGCAGGCAUAGCCAUUCUGUCGCAUGAUUUCGGCGCACUCGAUGGAACUGACUCCGAAGUCGAGCAAGUCCUGAAUGCGUUUAGUUCGUCUGCCUUUGUUUCCAGCAAAUCGGUUAUGCUCGCACAACGUUUUCCUUCCAUCUUGAAGCUACCAUUGCCUCGCACACAGUUCUCCCAUAGGCUGAACCAUAUCAUGGGCGAAAUAUGCCAGGAGAUGCUAUUGCGGAGGCGCAAGGAAAAAGAGACGGGUGGCACUGACCAGGGGGACAAAUCAUGUUUAGGUUUGCUCUUGAAAGCGGAAGAAUCUGGCGGAGGCGCGGGACUGACUCCCCAAGAGGUACUAGCCCAAGCACGGGUUCUACUUCUCGGGGGCUUCGAGACCACGGCAGGUAAUUGGGCUUUUAUAGAACUUGCGCGGAAUCCAGACAUCCAAACGAAGCUUCGUGACGAGUGUCUAGAGUUCGGGUCAGCCCCCUCAUAUGACGACCUCAUGAAUAAGCUUCCCUACUUGAACAUUGUCGUAAAUGAAGUUCUUCGCCUCCACGCAUCAGUUGCAGAAAUCCCACGAGUGGCUAUAGAAGAAGACGUGAUCCCACUCAGUGAGCCCAUGCUCACGGCCACCGGUAACUCUACCGACAAUGUAUGCAUUCCGAAGGGGACGGAGGUCGUGGUCCCGUUCGCCGCACUCAAUCGCUCGGUCAGUAUUUGGGGGCCUGACGCAAAGGUGUUCAAACCUUCCCGGUGGCUCAAAGAGGAAGAAGGCACACGUGGAAGUAGAGAAACACUGCCUGACUAUCGUCAUCUGAUGACCUUCGGCAAUGGUGCGCGGAUGUGCCCGGGGAGGCUGUUCGCGUUGGCAGAGUUUAAGGUUGUGCUGUUUGUCCUUGUGAAAAACUUCGUGUUCGAGAUGGUAGAUGGCCCUGAGGCGAAGAUCGUGGAGAGUUUGGGGUUUUUACCAAGACCGAGUGUGGCUGGGGAAUCUCACGGUAGUGUGCCCCUCCGGGUGCGCCGCUAUGAGGUGUGAUUGU